GCUCGCGCGAGGUGCAACUAGAGGACGACCGACUCCACUGUGGAUCGUUCAGCGGAAGAGGAAGAAGACUCACCCCGUCGUAGCUUAAUAACAUUGCGUUUAUUCGCCGCUUUUUAGUAAAAUACUAAACUAUCCGCCAUGAAGUUGCUGUGGGCUGUCAGCGCCCUGCUGUUGGGAUGUUGGCGAGCCAACGCGUCCACAGCCCCAACAAUCGUUACUGACCCCAUGGAGGUCAGCAACCAGACCUCCGCAGUCCUCAGCUGCAACCUGACGGAGUCCAGCCUUCCAGUCAAGGGCUCCCACUGGAUGCACAACGGAAAGCUCAUUGAAGCUUCCCAGUCAGCCGACGCCACUGCAUACACAAGCUUCCGUCUGGACAAGAUCACCCACAGUUCUGGAGGAAAGUAUGAAUGUGUGUUCCUGACCGAACCAGAGGUGAAGCAGACGAUUGAAGUCAAAACACUUCCCCAUGUUGCUGCCUACAAGCACUCUGAGCACGGCAAUGAGAACGACAAAGGGGUGGUGGUCUGUGUGAGUCACGGCUAUCCACUGCCCACUGACUGGACCUGGUUCAAAGAGGAAGAUGGCUCCCAAACGCCUAUCAUCAACGGCACUAGUGACAAAUAUGAGAUCAAGAGCACCCCGAACAAGACCACUCUGACCGUCAAUGACCUGAGCAUCGGAAACGACAUCGGCAACUACGUCUGCUCCGGAACCAACGAGCUCGGCACAAACAGCGACAAGAUCUACCUGCGUGUCCGCAGCCGGUUGGCUGCUCUCUGGCCCUUCCUCGGCAUCGUGGCCGAGGUCAUCAUCCUGGUGACCAUCAUCUUCAUCUAUGAGAAGAGGAGAAAGCCUGAUGAGGUCACUGACGAUGACGACUCAGGAGCUGCUCCCCUGAAGAGCAAUUCUGCUGAAAAUCACAAAGACAAGAAUGUGAGGCAGAGGAAUUCCAAUUAAAAUCUGAAAGAGAUGGCAGUCCAGGAUUCAGCUGUCGUGUGGCACAUUCUACUGUGCACCCUGCAAAUUUAAAAGUACCUUUUUGUGAAACUGUCAGAUUUGUUCUUGUUUUUGUUUUCUUCUAUCUUCUUCUCCACAUUGUGCAGCCACAGAACAUAGUGUGAAGUAAUUUCUGCUUGAGGUCCAGAGGGCAAAUAUUGCAUGAGUUAAAACGCCGUUAUAGGAAAGUGUGUUGUAAAAUCAUAGAUGGUUCAUGUGACGAAUGCCUCUUUGUGGUUGUUUUCUGUUGAUGCUUCCUACACUGACCUCACAGUCUUUGCUUUUGUGUUCUCCAAUCUGGAAUUGUUACUUGUAAAGAAGGACAAGUUCUGUUCAGAGUACUUCACUGCCACACUCAUAGCGUUGACCUGCUCCUACGCCGUUGCAAAUUCUCCCUUUUGCAUAGUUUUAAACUUUACUUAAACGCCAACAAGCACCAUUUAUCUUUUGUGUAUAAAUCUACAGAAAUGAUCAUUUAAUGUCUGCAAAGUUUUGUUGCUGUGAUAAAUUAGUUAAUUUUAGUAUAAAAGUAUUUUCCCUCUUUAAGUCGAGCUUUUAUUUACGAAUCCCAUAUUUUGUAUCGGAAGUUUUAAUUGCCACCGGUUUUCUCACCGACGUUUCUUUUGCCGAUGUCUCAUCCUGAAUAAAAAUAUAAUGUUAUGGACCAAGUGCAAGAGCUGUCUGUUACUUCUGUUGAAUGCAACUUAAAUACUACGCAGUAAUUGUUUGAAUUUAGUAAAAGCAGAUGAAACAUUUAGUUCUUCUUUUCUCACUCGCUGUGGUUUGUGUGCGAUUGUUGGUCCAUCGUCUCUGUUCCUGUCACUGUAGAUGAUUCAGAAGCCAAAUGUUCCAUUUAAUCUGAUUAGUGUUGUGAUUGGAUGUUACCGUUGCAGAGUUAAACGGAUUAAUAAAAAGACCUAGCCAGAAUUGUGUACCAUUGUUGUACCAUCCGAGUACAUGGAACCCCAGCUGUUGUACAACUUGCACAAACUGAAUAAAGGUAUUCGAUUUUA